GAGAGAGAGACGCUGAGCAAUGGUGAUUGAGCGGAAGAGAGUUCGAACCCUUGAAACCCCAGCAAACCCUGUUCACAAAGAACUCAAGCACGACAAUGGAGAAGCCAUUGAAACGGCGAACACUACUUGUGGGUAUGAGCAGGCCAGGGAAGAAAGAAUCAAAGAGAACCUCGAAAGAAUGCAAAAACUCGGCAUUCUUGACCUCUCUCUCAAACUGAAGUCCGUCAAGCCCACACACAAGAACAACCUCUUCAAUCGCAAAACCCCUCAGCGUCCCUCUCCGUUGCCACGUUCCGGACCCGCUCGCCGCUCUUCCAGGCUACAGAGUUUGACACCGGUUAGCUACUCAGAAGUGCAAUUGUCUAACAAGGAUGCUUCUUUGGGAGACAAAUAUGAUCUACUACGGGAGGAGGGUUCAAAGCCAGAGGUUUACUCAGAAGAACAUGAAAAGCUCUUGGGUAACACUGAGAUGAGUUGGACCCUUUUUGUGGAUGGAUAUGCAAAGGACGGAAGGCGAAUUUAUGAUCCUAUAAAGGGAAAGACUUGUCACCAAUGCAGGCAGAAAACCCUAGGCCAUCGUACACACUGCAGUCAAUGCAAUUUGGUUCAAGGGCAGUUCUGUGGAGACUGUUUGUAUAUGAGGUAUGGGGAGCAUGUGCUUGAAGCAAACCAGAAUCCAAACUGGAUUUGCCCUGCCUGUCGUGGAAUUUGCAACUGCAGUUUGUGCCGGCAAGCGAAAGGGUGGGCUCCCACUGGUGCUCUUUAUAGGAAGAUAUCAAGUUUGGGAUUCAAGUCUGUUGCGCAUUAUCUCAUUCAAACCCGACGCUCAGACACUGAUCCAGAGAAGAAUCCUGGUAGUAAAGUUCCACUUUCUGCAAAAAGAUCAAUACCCUUUUCAGACAUGGAAGCAAAUGCCGAGGAGACAGUCUCUCCUGACUCCAAAAAUGACCUCCAACGAUUAGUAAACCCCGUGUCUGAAGAGAAUAGAACAGACAAUGGUUUUGAAGGUGAAAAGGAUGAGAAAAUAAACUUCUCAGAUAGUAGCACAAAUGGGCAUAUCGAUGUUGCACAGGAAAGUAACACCAAGCUUAUGCAGAAGUCUGCACUUUCCACUGAGUCCAGUGAUGACCACCUUGGAUUAUCAAAACCUGAAAUAGAAGACAACAAAAUAGAUGAUGAAGCCAACAAAAUAGAUGAUGACUUGAAAGACAAGAAAGAGGAGAAAUUACAGUUCGUGGAUAAUAAGCUUUCUGGUGUCAUUCUUGCACCAGAAAAUAGCCCAAAGUCCAAAGAGAAGCCUGCCUGCACCACCGAACCAGAUAGUAUUGGUAGAAGAUUAAAGCAGAGGCGGACGACAGAGGCUAACGUGAACAGUCCAAGCUCUAAACCAAGUCCUGGUGUUUACGGUAUAGCUGGAAGAUUGAGGUCACAAUGCAGAACAUGAAGUCAAUGUGCUCCCUGCCGUUUUUUGUUAGAAAGGAUUCGAGACCAAUGCAAAAAAAAAAAAAAAAUUGGAAUUCAGGCCAGCAUUUCUUUGUCAGUUUAGAAGAAUUGCAUAAUGCUGUAAGACAAUGUUUUGUAUGUUUGGGUGUGCUCUGCAGUAUUUGGGUUUGGUCCAAAUCCUGAUUUUGUCAUCUAAAACAGUCGUACGUAGGAUUUGACAUUCAAAUUUUAAGAUUAUAUGCUAUCGAGUGUGAG